AUCACAAUAUUUUUAGGCAAAUAAUGUGUUCUACAUUUUUCAAUGUGUAUUAUUUACAAAUGUAUAUAAUAAUGUAUAUUUUUACUAACAUCUCAGUUAAAUUUUUCCAAAUAAAUUAAUACGGUCUACAAUGAGUAAAAUUGUAUAACAAUGUUAAAAAUUUAUGGAAAUCAUUUAGCGUUAAUAGGCGCCACAGGAACAGGUUUAGCAUUGCUAGCAGCUUAUGUAUUAUUUGGGCCAUCCAACAAGCCAAAAUUGUCCAAAAAACGUGAUUUUUGCGGACUGCAUAAUUUGGGAACUACUUGUUACAUAAACACACUGUUGCAAUCACUAGCUUCUUGUCCUAUAUUCAUUCAGUGGCUUAAUCUGCAGUCAAGAGCGUCUAUUGUGUCUUACACAUUAAAUAAAACACUGCAAUUUCUCACUGGAGUCAAAAAAAAUGAUGAUGGCAUUGUUUCUCCAAUAGAAUUAAUGAAUGUUCUUGAAAAAGUAGGAUUCCAGUUCAAACCUCAUCUCCAGGCUGAUGCUCAUGAACUUUUUGUUCAUUUAUUUUCUGUAAUUGAGGAAGAAGCUUAUAAAACAAGUUGCAGUUUAGCUGAUUGCUUGGAAAUUAAUAAAAAUGUGAUCAACAAUGAAAAAACAUCAAAUAUAAUUGAUAUUAAAAGCAACACCUGUAGCAAAAAUCUCAAUUUAUCUAAAGCUGAAGGAGAUAUUCUAUAUAGUAUGUCAAAUGAAAACAAUGUUGGUCCAAGAAACGGCGGUGACAAAAAACAUCUCGAUAAAAAUCAAAAUGUAAAACCUCCACCUUUUUUGGGGUAUUUGUCAAAUAAUAUUGAAUGUUCAUUAUGCCAUUAUAAAUCCUCAUUAAAUUAUGAAAAAUUUUAUGUUAUAUCAUUAAAUUUACCAGAACGACCACAAUUGAUGGUAGAAUUAUCUGAUCUCCUUGAUAAUUACAUAAUGACAGAAAGACUAGAAAGUCUGCCGUGUAAAAACUGUGAUAAAAAUAAUACUGAGACUGGAGGAAAAUCUUUUGUGAAAAGUGUUAAAUUUGGAAAAUUACCUUCUUGUUUAUGUCUUCAUCUCAUACGUACUGAAUAUUCCAAAGAUCGACCAUUAAAAAGAAAAGAUUUUGUGGAAUUUCCAGAAUAUUUAAAAAUGGAUAAAUAUACCAGUGUAUAUGAUCAAUUGAGUAAACUCAGACUGUCAAAAGAAAAAUCUUCUCCUGAAUCAAUUGAAAAGUUAAGGGGAGAUAAAUAUAUUUAUAGACUUAAAGCUGUCAUAGUUCAUGCAGGUGAAGAUAAUGCUGGUCAUUUUAGUACUUUUAGAAGAGGGGUUUCAAAAAAUCAUUCUAGACACAGGUGCAGUGAUACAAGAUGGUUUUUCACAUCAGAUGCACUUGUAGAAGAAGUUACAUUACAAGACGUUCUACGUUCUAUUGCAUAUAUGUUGUUUUAUGAAAAAUGUGAAACAUAAAACAAAUUUGAUUAAAUAUUGAUUAAAAUCAACUCGCAAUCAAAGCUUUCAAGAUAAUUAGUGUUGUAGACUACAUGAUAAUUUAUUAUUGAGUUUAUUAUUAAUAUGUAUAUUAGCUGUUA